AUGUGUGAUGCAUCGAAUUAUGCAGUGGGGGUUGUUCUAGGACAAACAAAAGGGUCAAAACCCAUAGUAAUUUCAUAUGCUAGUGAAACUAUAUCCGAUGCUUAAUUAAAUUAUACCACGACUAAAAAAGAGUUGUUAGUUGUAGCAUUUUCGUUAGAAAGGUUUAGAUCAUAUAUUUUGGGAGCUAAAAUUAUUAUUUAUACUGAUCAUGCAGCAUUAAAAUAUCUAUUAAAUAAGAAAGAUACAAAGCCACAUUUAUUAAGAUGGAUUUUAUUGUUGCAAGAAUUUGACUUAGAAAUAAAAGAUAAAAAAGGUUUCAAGAAUGUUGUUGAUAACCAUCUUUCUAGAUUAAGUGAUAUAAGAAUAAAUGCAGCACCUUUACAAGAUGUAUUUCUAGAUGAACAAUUGAUGGCAGCUCAACAUCAACCAUCACCAUGGUAUGCACAUAUUGUUAAUUUUCUGGUUUCUAGAAAAACUCUAGAACAGUGAGAUAAGAACAGAAAACAUCAUUUCUUUUCUAAGAUUAGAAAUUAUUUUUGGCAUGAUCCUGAUUUAUAUUACUUGGGCAAUGAUCAAAUUUUAAGGAGAUGUGUUCCUGAAGAAGAAUAUCAUAACAUUAUUAACAUGUGCCAUUCAUCUAGCUGUGGAGGACAUUUCUCUAGAUGAAAAAUAG